AGACACAAUCAUUUCACAAUUCACUAGAGCCGAAGCCUUUGAAUUGGAAACCAGUUGACCCUAUCGAAGACGCUUCAUGCCCCCUUGAGAGGUGUGUUGACUCAAGAAAGAGUACCAAUUGUUGGGCGGUGGCAUCGAAGUCUAUUGUCAUUUGUUGAAGCGGGGACUGUAACAGUGCAUGGCUUCAAAAUCGUAUAGAAAAAACCAGUGUUUAAUACUGUGUACAGGUGUCCCGCAUUGAGUUGAACGAUGUAGGACAGGAUCGAGUGAAAGUGUUUCUCGCCUGUAACAGGUGUCGUUAUCUACGUUAGAUAGCUGUUGAUUACUGGUAGUAGCUAGAAGACUUAAUACCAGCGCACCUCUAACCAUCUGCUGUCCAGAUAGCUGUUCAAAAUGGUGUCGCCGGAGCGUGUACCAAAUAAUGUCAUCAACCCGUGUGUGAAGUAUACGCUAUAUGUUCUCAGCUUUCUCUUUUGGCUGGUAUGUUGGUGUGUAACUGGUAUAGGAAUCUGGGCCCUGGUGGAAAGAGGAGAUAAUGUGAAGGUCACAUCAUAUCUCGACUUCUUCACCGAUCCAGCCAUUGUCAUGAUCGUUGUUGGAGGUCUUGGUAUCAUUCUUAACUUUGCUGGGAUUGUUGGUGCCCUAAGAGAGAACUGCUGUCUUCUUACUUUUUUUUAUCUUUCAAUGAUCCUCAUCUUCAUCUUAGAAGUUACAGCUGGUAUUCUGGCUUUUGCUUUCAGUGGACAGUUUUUCACAGCAGUAGACGAGGUAGUAGAGCAAGCAAUAAUGAAUUACAGAGAAGAUGGAGAUACUACCAAUUUCAUUGAUUACGCACAAAGAACGCUGGAUUGCUGUGGUGGAGAUGGGGGCUACAGGGAUUGGACACUUAAUAGAUACUUCAAUUGUUCAGAUACUAAUCCAAGUAUAGAGCGAUGUGGUGUUCCAUACUCCUGCUGCCGGCCCGAGUCUCCAGAUGCUAUUAUCAACACUCAGUGUGGCUUCAAUGUACAAAUACAAACGUCAGCUGAAAUAGUUGAUGAAAUAUACGUCAUUGGCUGCGUAGACGGCUUCGUACUGUUUGUCAAUGAGAAGAGCUUGAUCGUUGGUCUCACUAUUUUUGGAAUUGCCCUUAUUCAGCUUCUAGUGAUGUUACUAGCCUUCAUCCUAAGCAGGCAGAUAGAGAAAGAAUAUGAGUUCUACCAAGAGUUCAAAAGCAAGAGCACCAAUGGACUUACUGGAAUAAGGACAGUGUCUGGGAACCAGUUUUAGGCAGUUGUAACCAGUUCAAACUGCCUUUUAGACUUUAGGGGAGCUUUUCAUAAUGCAUUUUUCAGGGUUUUUGUCUUUCAAAUUGGCUCUUGGCCAAUCAGAGGCAAGAAUUUCAAAUGAUUGUGAAAGUUGUCAUUGGUAAUCACAGAAAACUUGUAUUAUGAAACCCUCCCCAGCACCUUCAUGUAAAAAAUAAAAUGUAAUCUUAUUUAAGUAUUUUUUAAUGAGAGAACAAAAUUGUGCUCAGGGACCAGUAACACCAAGAUACACAAUCAAGUGAAAAUUUCAAACAUCGCUUCCAAUUGGCCUCAAGUGAACAAUAUGUUAUAAUCUUGAUUGCCUAUUUACAAUUGAUUAUGUACCUUUGUGGUACCAUACCAUGGUAUAUACUAUGAAUAUAUAUUUGUAAUUAGCUUGUAAUUUUUCAAGAUGCUGAGGUGAAGAUGAGGAUUUUUUUCAGAGCAUAAGGAAAACAUGGCUUCAAAUCCCAAUGUGGCAAUAUUCUUAUGCAAGACAUUUGACUUUGCCAGACCUAAUGUAGACGAAGUGAAGUGACACAUGGGUCCUCUUGCAAUAAAGUUACUGUUAUGGUAACUCUGCCAUUCAAUGGUAACUACCAUGGUAACAAUGUUCAACAACCAAUCAAAUUCAAGCAUUCCAUGAAAGAUACCUUUGGAUGACAAACUUACCAUAAUAGUAACUUUUAUGCAACAGGGCUUUGGAGGGUUUUUUCUGUAAAUAUAACAAAAUUAUUGCUGUAAUUGCUGAAGCUAGGUGGCCAAGAGAAUAUAUCCGAAAGACCCUAGGAGUACUUUGAAAUGUUAAUUCAUUAAACAAAUUAGCAAUUUAAUGGAUGUAAAAGAAUUGAAAUAUAAAUUCAUAACAAAGAUUUCAAAAGAGAUCACAUAGAAUGGCUUGUGACAAAUAAAAGAAUAAAAUUAAGUCAAGCUGUUGUUAAUUGAAGAUAUAAGUAUUUAUUUGAUAGUUGUAUAGCUUAAAAACAUCACUGGAUCAUAUAUAUGAUGUGGUCUAGUUAUUCUCAUAUUGAAGUUUGUGAAUUAUUAAUUAUUGGUACCCCAGAAGACAAAGACUUGGUUUGAACACCCCUUCCCAUUACCCAAACAUUCUGAAUUCAUAUAUUCAAGGGAAAUGGUUUGAAUCUUCCCAUUCCCCAAACAUUCUGAAUUCAUAUGUUCAAGGGAAAUGGUUUGAAUUUUGACCAUUUCAAGCUCUUGUUUUCAGAUAAUAUUUCUUAUUUUUAAAACUAAUUCAAUUUUGAGAAUGCUUUUUGUUCACUUUGACAAGGUGCCAGGUCUGCAUAUAGAAUGAUAGCGAUUUUAUGAUGUUCCACCUGGUGGGUGUUUCAUGAAAGUUGUCAGCACUGACUAAAUUGUCAGUGAUGACAAUUUCAGUGAAAUCCUUGGUUUUGAUAGGCUAAAGGCACUGGCCUCUGACUGUUACUAUGGUAACUGUCGGAGAAAGACAACUUGUCAGUGCUGACAACUUUCAUGAAACGGUCCCCUGUUGUGCCUUUGUUCGAAGUUUUACUUCUUUUGAAAUCUCUCAAUAUUUACCAAGCACAAAUUAUAUUAUAUAAAUGCACUAUUGUCUAUACACAUUCACUUGCUAAUGGGUAGAUUUAUUCCAGAUUAAGUACUUUGGAAUGAUCAGCAUAUACUGAUUAUAACUUCUUUCUGCACAAUUACAUUGCAGUUCUAAGAAAGACAUCAAAUUAUUUUCACCUACAUGUACCAUUUUAGUUUUCCUGUGUUUGAGUCAUGUUGUAAGAAUAUAUUCACAAUGAUGUAGAAUUAUUUUAAUUAUCUAUCUGACAUUUUGGCUGUAGCUAUAUUUAGUCAUGUGUUAUGUCUAAGAAGAGAUUAUGUCUAAAAAAUUCUUAGGAGUUUCAAAUUCAUCUACAUGUAAGAGACUUAUUAUGGUUACACUCAUCAAAUAUUUACCCGUUUUUGGAAACUAUUGUCUGCAUAACUGCAAGCUUCACCAGCCAUUUACUGUUAUUUAUAUCAUUACAUUGAUUAAACAUUCUACUCAGCGGCUGAGAAAGCUCCCAGAAUGUGUUUUUUUUUCUUGUGGUUUAGUUUUCUUGAAUGUAAAUUCUGGCUCAAACUUAAACAGGAAAGUAAACAGAAAAGUAAUUAUACUUCCGGAAGUGUGUUAUGAAUUUUUUUUGCAUAACUGAAUCAAAAUUUGUUCUGACUGUAUUAUUUAGAUAUUCUGAUAUAUUUUCUAUCAGCCAUAUUUCAUUAUAUAAAAAUGAACAUUUUUAUUGAAA